AUGGCCGAUAUCAAGAAGUUCGUGCUUGGUGACUUCAAGCUCCAGAGCGGCAAAACGUUGCCUGGUGCUUGGAUUGCCUACAGAACAUUCGGCGAUGCUUCCUUGCCAGCCGUUGUCUAUCCCACUUGGUUCUCCGGUGCCAUUGCAGACAACGAAUGGUUGGUCGGAGAUGACAAGACUCUCGACCCGUCAAAGUACUUCAUCAUAAUUCCUGCCCUCUUUGGCAACGGGCAGUCCAUCAGCCCGUCCAACUCUGACAUCAGCCCAUUCCCCGACGUUUCUCUAUAUGACAAUGUGCGUGCACAACACCAGCUCGUUACCGAAGAACUCAAGGUCAAGCACCUGAGGGCAGUUCUAGGCUGGUCUAUGGGUGCUGCUCAAUCAUUCCAAUGGGCGACACAAUACCCUGACAUGGUGGACAUUUGCGUUCCUUUCUGCGGCGCGGCCAAGUGUGCUCUACAUAACAAGGUGUUCCUAGAAGGAGUCAAGUCAGCGCUCCUCGCUGCGAAGAAGAUCAGCUCGGCCGGGAGUGGCAACGGGCGCGAGGCGGCGGCCAACGACAAGUCUGUCCGAAUCUGGUCCGACGAAGAGAAACAAGCGGGCUUGAAGGCAUUUGGCCGUGUGUAUGCUGGAUGGGGCUUCUCCCAGUCCUUCUACCGACAAGAACUCUACAAGGAACACUACAAAUCUAAAGACCUCGAAGACUUUCUUCAGACCUUUUGGGAGAAGUGGGCUCUGAGCAAGGACCCCGAGAACCUUCUGACCAUGAUCCAUAGCUGGCAGAGCGCCGAUGUGAGCGACCAGGAGCCAUACAACGGCGACUUCAAGAAGGCCAUGGCGGGCAUCAAAGCCACAACAUUGGUACUACCUUCGAAGACUGAUCUCUACUUCCCACCUGAGGAUUCCGAGAUUGAGGUAGAGUACAUGACCAAGGGUGUUGGGAAGCUGGCCAUCUUUCCAUCCAUCUGGGGACAUUGGGCCGGCGGCCCUCCAGGUAACUUUGACGACGUCAAGUGGUUGGACAACCAGUUGAAAGAGAUAUUUUCCACCGCACCCCGGAGAUGUCAGAAGGAGCAUCCAAUAUGA